AUGUUGCGUCAAUGGCUUCAGAAACAUCGAGUAUUGUCAUCACCUGUUGGUCGAACGGGUCUUGUCUUACUAGCUGGAGCUGCAGUCGUUGCUGCCUAUGUCUCGACUCGAUCGAGUGAAGUUCACGUCCAGAGUGUCGCUUUGGAAGAAGAAGAAGAUGAACAGCCAUUUCAAGAAAAACCAAAGGUUGUGCCGUACCUGCCAUCCAAGGUGCCAUUCAUCGGUAAUAUGCUUGAACUCGCUGGUAAUGCCCACCGCUUCCAUGACUGGAUGUCCGAGCAGUGUGUCGCCCAUAACGGCGUAUUCAAACUCUACCUACCAGGUCAGAGUGAUAUGAUCGUGACUGCCGUUCCUGAGCACUAUGAACAUGUGGUCAAGACGCAAUUCGACCACUUUAGCAAAGGUCAGCUGCAUGCGCGAGCUCUUCGUGACCAUAUGACACCCGUGAUCCAACGCCACGCGUUGAUGCUUCAGAAGAUGCUACUCAAGGCUGCGGUGAGCAAGAAACCUGUAGACCUUUACAUGCUGAUGCACCGUUUCACGUUCAAGGCGUUCGCCGAAAUGGUUUUCAACAAUUCACUGGAUAGCAUUGACUCCGAACACGAACACCCAUUUGAGCAAGCUUUUGACGAAGCACAGUCCAUCGUAGCCGGUCGUCUUCAGCAGCCCGUGUGGCUGUGGAAGCUCAAGCGCUGGCUGAAUAUCGGUCAGGAACGUAAGCUUCGUGAAGAUGUCGCGCUGAUCGAUGAAUUCAUCAUGAAUAUCAUCUCCACGGCGAUUGAGAAGCGUCAUCAACGACAGGAAGACCACAAAGCCGGGAACCCCGUCCCAAACGCCGAUAAAGACAUUGUGUCGAUUGUGCUGGAGUGCAUAGAGCAAGAUGGCGGCAUUGUCUCUCCUACAGAUGUGCGCAACAUUGCUGUCGCUGCGUUGGGUGCAGGACGCGACACUUCGGCUGAUACUAUGAGUUGGUUGCUUCACACUUUGGCACUGCAUCCUCGAGUCGAGAACAAACUUCGUGCUGAGCUACUGGAGAAGUUACCCAAGCUGGCAACGAGCUCGACCUAUAUGCCGUCCAUGGACGAGGUCCAGGGACUGGUGUACCUCGAAGCGACGAUUCGCGAACUGUUGCGACUCCAUACACCCGUGCCAUUUACAAUGAGGGAAUGCAUCCGAGACACCGUCUUUUCCGAUGGUACGUUUGUGCCAAAGGGAACGAACGUUGGCAUGUGUCAUUUCGGUGCUGCUCGACGAACGGAAGUGUGGGGCCCUGAUGCGGCCGAGUUCAAGCCCGAACGCUUCGUGGACGCCAAGACGGGCAAGUUGUUGCACACUCCUUCAGCCAAGUUCAACGCCUUCAGUGGCGGCCAGCGAGUAUGCAUCGGUAAAGCACUGGCCAUGCUCGAGAUGAAGCUGGUAAUCGCAAUACUCUUAGGUCGUUUUCAUUUUAUAGAAGUUCCUGGCCAGAAGGUACAUUACGCCAUGGGUAUCACCAUUGGCAUGAAAAAUUGCCUAAUGAUGCACGUCCAGCCUGUGACCAGUGCAGCUCCUGGCAAUGCAGCUUAA